AACAACAGAAUAUGGAAGAAAAAGAUGUAAAAUUUUCCAAGUCAAUGUUGGCGAGUUCAAAACCAGAACUAGUCUUGGUUUUUGUUCUUUAAUCAAAGAUUCAAAGUUACAUGAUUUUCAGAUCUCUUCCCCUUCUUUGCCUUAACCCAGUUCUGUUUUCUUUCUUCCCUUCAUUGGGUUGCUUUUAAUUCUCCGUCAUCACCGCCCUUCAAAAGAAAACUGCUAGUCACAACAUGGUUUCGAAUUCAAUUUCUUAUGGAACAUUGUCCGAAUCUGAUGAUGAACACAGCAACAGCUCUGGUCACCAUUAUUAUCAUCAUCUACAGAAAAAUUCAAAGCUUGUAAAUCUGGGAUGGAUCUUUAUCCUUACAAACAUCGUUUUAGAAAUCUUGGUGCUGAUCUUUGAUCAACUGGCCUCACCGAAGGAGCCUGAAAAUGCUUUAAUCGUGUGCAAAUUGUCUUUGGCAAUCAUGAUUGUUUGUAUUGCAGAGCUUGUUUAUAGAGGACUAGUAAAAGAAAAGCUUACUCUCAUGCAAUGCUUGAAAUCUUUGAUUCCUUGUUCUUCAGAAAAGAAGCCGUAUAGCUUUAUGGAUGGACUAGUACUGCUUGCUGCAAAGGUUCAAAUGGUUUUGGCAAGCAUUGAAUAUGGUUAUUUGCGUAAAGGUAAAGAACCUCCAAUUAAAGUAUCUCUUGUAUCCUUCAUUUUCAUUGUAUGUUUUGUGAUUUACAAAUUAAUUAAGAAAAAUCAGGGUGAAGCAAACCUCCUUCCGGUUAGACAGGACAAUUGAAGAUUAUGGUUUGGCAGAAACUUGUAGUGUGAUUGAUUUCCUUUUCAUGCUGUUUGAUUUCUGUCAUAUAUUUCUUAUACUGUGGUCAUUCCAAUAAAUUUUUCAAUUCUUUUUUUUUUA